AUGGUCAAAUUAACUAUCCUCUUGAUUUUACUAUUAAUUUCAAUACUAAGUUAUGUGUGUUCAUAUAAAAUUCUUGUUGUAUUCCCAUACCCGGGGAAGAGUCAUACAAUCCUGGGUAAUGGAUACGUUCGUCAUUUACUUAAGGCCGGGCAUGAGGUGACCUACAUUACUUCUAUUCCUAUAAAAAAUACGAACAAGAAUCUCAGGCAGAUCGAUGUAUCCAGUAACAUAGAACUAUUUACAUUACUUGAAAAUCUGGACCUUGAGAAGCAAGUCAAUAAAGUGAUUGACUUAGAAGACACAAACUCACUGUUAUCUGUAAUUAGAAAUAUAGCUAAUAAUACACUUCACAAUAAAAAUGUACGCACAUUUAUAGAAGAUCCUAAUGAAAAUUUUGAUGCUGUUAUUGUGGAAUGGCUGUACACGGAGCUCUAUUGUGGGUUUGCUACUGUAUUUGACAGUCCACUAAUAUGGUCAUCUUCGAUGGACCCUCAUAGCAUGGUGCUGUCCCUCAUAGACGAAGAUCCCAACCCUGCUUACACCUCCAACCAUAUUUCUCACUUCGACCCACCGUUUACUUUCACACAACGGUUGAAUGAACUGUGGACUAUCAUAGAUCUGAAGAUAUUGAGAUGGUGGUUAUAUGAUAUAGAUAACAAAAUAUUUGCUGACGGCUUUACAACAGCAGCUGCAAAACGUGGUAGAACGCUACCAUCGCUGUAUGAGGCACAGCAUUCUGGAGUGUUAAUGUUAGGUAAUUCCCAUGUAUCAUCAGGCAAAGCGAUGAGGCUACCACAAAACUAUAAACCUAUUGCAGGCUACCAUAUAGAUGACGAGGUUCGACCACUACCUGAGGAUUUGCAGAAAAUUAUGGACGACGCUAAACAAGGCGUUAUUUACUUUAGUCUGGGAUCGAUGGUGAAAAGUAAGAGUAUGCCCAGUGAUAUGAAGAGUAACAUAUUAAAGAUGUUUAGUGCACUGAAGCAAACAGUGAUUUGGAAAUUUGAAGAAGUUCUGCCCAAUUUACCGAAGAACGUCCACAUUCUUGAAUGGGCACCGCAGCAGAGUAUACUAGCUCAUAAAAACUGCAUCCUUUUUAUAACACAUGGUGGUCUUCUCUCAACGACUGAGGCUUUACAUUUCGGUGUACCAUUAAUUGGUGUACCUAUAUUUGCUGAUCAGCAUGUCAAUAUCUACCGAGCAGUGAACAAAGGUUUCGCUAGACAUGUUCCCCUGAACAAGGAUAUGGCAGAAGAUUUGAAAGAAGCUAUAGAUGAAAUACUUGGAAAUCCUAAAUAUAAAGAGAAAGUCAGAGAAUUAUCAUUCGUUCACCAUGAUAGACCAAUAUCACCCGGUGAUGAACUAGUGCAUUGGGUGGAACAUGUGAUACGUACUAAAGGUGCACCCCAUCUCCGCUCUCCAGCAUUCGACGUACCAUUCUAUCAGAAAUGCUACCUUGAUCUCGCAGCACUAGUUUUAGCAAUAUUAAUAGCAAUUAAGAUAAUUAUAGUCAAGCUUGUGAGACUGUUAUUUAAGAAACCUGGUUUAAAAAAGAAAAUAAAUUAA